AUGUCGCGUACUCUCACCAUCAAGAAAACCCCGGGGAAGCCGGGACAAGUAUACUACCCACUGGAACUGACCGAGAGGCCCAUCCCAAAGCCCGGCGCCGGCGAACUCUUGGUCAAGCUCCACGCCGCGGCCCUGAACCAUCGUGACUUCUUCCAGCGGCAAGCCCUAUACCCGGGCCUCUCCUUCGAGAACCCGGUCCUGGCAGACGGCUACGGCACAGUGGUGGCGCUCGGGUCCGAUGUCUCUCCCGAGUCCCAGAGGCUCCUGCACAAGCCCGUGCUCCUGACGCCGUGCCGCGGUUGGGAGUCCGACCCGGACGGGCCCGAGGAGUACAAGAACUUCAGCGUCAUCGGCGGCGCGGCCCUCUAUCCCGACGGCACGGCCCAGGACUACAUCGUCGUGCCCGAGGCCGAGGUCGAGGCGUGCCCGCCCCACCUGUCGCCGGCCGAGGCCGCUGCGCUGCCGCUGGUUGGCCUCACGGGCUGGCGGGCGCUCGUGACCAAGUCCGGGAACGCGAGGCCCGGGCGCAACAUCCUCGUCACGGGGAUCGGCGGCGGCGUCGCCCUGCAGGUCCUGCAGUUCGGCAUCGCGAUGGGGUGCAACAUGUACGUGACGUCGGGGAGCCGGGACAAGAUCGAGAGGGCCGUGUCCAUGGGUGCCAGGGGCGGCGUGAGCUACAGGUCCCAGGACUGGGAGAAGGAGCUGGCCAAGCAGCUCCCCCAGGACCGGCCGUUCUUGGAUGCCGUUGUCGACGGGGCGGGCGGGAAUAUUGUUGGGAAGGCGAGCAAGAUCCUCAAGGCUGGCGGCGUCAUUAGCUGUUACGGUAUGACGACCUCGCCGAAGAUGGACUGGCUAAUGCAAGCGGUGCUCAAGAACGUGGAGCUGAAGGGGAGCACUAUGGGAUCGCGAGAAGAGUUCAAGCAGAUGGUGGACUUUGUGCGGCAGAAGAAGAUCAAGCCUAUUGUCAGCCGGACGGUGAAGGGCUUGGAUAAUCUAGAUGGCAUCAACGGUUUGUUUGAGGAUAUAAAGGAGGGAAAGCAGUUCGGCAAACUGGUGAUUGAGAUCUCAGAGCCCGAUGGGGUACAGGUGGCGGCGAAGUUGUAA